UGUCAACAGAAGUUGCGGUCGUUUCUCGGCCUUGUGGAUUAUUUAACAAAAAACGCUGAAAUAGUGAUAUAAAUAUGGAUUCGAACGAUAUAUUAGAUGACAAGGAUAGUGGGCCGGAGGUACAGAUCAACUUUCCAAGCUCCGUGAUGACACGCAUCGAAGAAAUGAUGGGAGGAACGGAGCAGUUCGAUAGUGCCGAAUUUGAUGCAGUAGCAUACAUCAACCGAGUGUUCCCGACGGAGCAGUCUCUGUCGGGCGUGGAGAGUGCGGCGGCGCGCUGUGAGUUCCACCUCGCCGGCGUCGAGCACGACAUACGGCGCCUCGUCAGGGCGCAGGCCGAGCAGAGGGACGCCGGCCAACAGGCACUGCUGGAGGCUCAGCGCUGUAUUGGAGAAUUGGCGUUACAGGUAGCAGACAUAAACAAGAAAGCGGAGCGCAGUGAGAGCAUGGUGCGCGAGAUAACGUCGGAGAUCAAACAGCUGGACUGCGCCAAGUCCAACCUGACGGCCGCCAUCACGGCGCUGAACCACCUGCACAUGCUGGUGGGCGGCGUCGACACGCUGCGCGCCAUGACCACCAGUCGCCAGUACAAGGAGAUCGUACUGCCCAUGCAGGCUAUCAUGGAGGUGCUACAACAUUUUGAAUGUUACCGUGAGAUCCGCGAACUGAGCGUACUCCGCGACCAGGUCACCGCCAUACGAGCACAGCUAGCCGCGCAGAUACUACAGGACUUCAAGGAUGCAUUCACUGCGGGCAGUAAGGGCGGAGUAUCACACCGCACUCUGUCGGAAGCAUGCGCCGUGGUCGACAUAUUGGAGCCGAGAGUUAAGAACGAUCUGCUCAAGUGGUUCAUCAAUAUGCAACUACAGGAGUACGAGCAUUUAUUCUCCGGCGAGCAGGAGUACGCGUGGGUGUCCCACGUGGAGCGUCGCUACGCGUGGCUCAAACGACAUCUGCUGACGUUCGAGGACUCCCUCGCCGCACUGUUCCCUCACUCCUGGAGGCUCAGCGAGAGGAUCGCGCAGCAGUUCUGUCAGAUGACGUGCAGUGCCCUGGGCACCCUGCUGUCGUCGCGUCGCAGUGAGCUGGACGUGAAGUUGUUGCUGUACGCGAUACAGAAGACUUACAACUUCGAGCUACUACUGCACAAGCGGUUCACUGGCACAGACCUUGGCGCGGAGCCCCUAGAUGUAGCAGAGAACAAACCAGACACACAGACAGAGCUGGAGCCAGGGACCCAGGCGGGGGCGGGCGGGGGCCCGGGGCCCGCGGGGUCGGCCUGGGUGGGCCUGAUCGGGGCCUGCUUCGAGCCCUACCUGUCGCUCUACGUCAGCUCGCUCGAUGCCAACCUUAGCGAACUCAUGGAGCGGUUCAUACAGGACGCGAAGGCCUCAUCCUCGUCGGACAGUAGCGCAGCUAGUGUAGUGGGUGCAGGCGGCGCGGGGGGCGCCGUCAUAUCAUCCUGCGCGGACUUGUUCCUGUUCUACAAGAAGUGCCUGGUCCAGUGCGCCAGGCUCACUACGGGGGAACCCAUGCUAGAGUUGGCGGGAGUGUUCCAGAAGUACCUCCGUCAGUACGCGAGCGGAGUGUUACAGGCCUCACUGCCUCGCGCCAUGGGGGCAGCACUGGCGCCCUCUCUCGUCACCAACCUACACACGUUACUGAGGGACGAUGACACGAGGCAUGCCAGGUAUACUCCGCUCGAGCUGGCCAGGAUCACCAGCGUCAUCACCACGGCGGAGUACUGCCUCGAGACCACCGUGCAUCUGGAACAGAAACUCAAAGAGAAGGUGGCCCCAGCUCUCGCAGACAAGAUCGACCUCACGCCCGAGCAGGAUCUCUUCCACAAGCUCAUCAGUUCCUGCAUACAACUACUAGUACAGGAUCUAGAGCUAGCGUGCGAGCCGGCUCUGUCCGCCAUGUUGAAGGUAUCCUGGCUGCACUGGGACGCGGUGGGGGACCAGUCCUCGUACGUGACCCAGAUAUUGAUGCAGCUCCGCAACACAGUCCCCCGUCUGAGGGACAACCUGUCCUCGUCCCGCAAGUACUUCACCCAGUUCUGCAUCCGCUUCGCGAACUCCUUCAUCCCGAAGUUCAUCCAGAACAUAUACAAGUGCAAGCCGAUGUCGACGGUGGGGUCGGAGCAGUUGUUGCUGGACACCCACAUGCUGAAGACGGCGCUGCUGGAGCUGCCCGCGCUCGGCGCCGCCCUGCGCCGCCCCGCGCCCGCCACCUACACCAAGGUCGUCAUCAAGCUCAUGACCAAGGCCGAGAUGAUCCUGAAGCUGGUGAUGGCUCCGCUGGACGGCCUGGACGGGUUCGUGUCCCAGUGCGUGCAACUGUUGCCGGACUGUACGCUGGCCGAGUUCCACAAGGUGCUGGACAUGAAGGGCGCCAAGUUGUCCAAGGCGCAGCAGACAUCGCUCGACGCUCUCUUCAAACAAACUUGUAAGAACGCCAGCGGGGACUCCGCCAAGUGAAGCAGUCACUAGUACAUGUAUUAUAGUAACGUAUUUGUGUUGAGUAAGCUUACGUACGGCCACUACAGGGCAUGCCAUACAAACGACGUGGUUACUAGUACACUAACACCACUCAAUAACAUUAUAUAAACUCUAGUCGAAGCUCAGAAUCAAAAUCAAAUGUGAAUAAAUAACUUCUUAUUUUGUCUCUGUCGCACACGUACAUUUUGUCACCUGUAUGAUAGAGACAAGAGUAUGUAUCAGCGGUUUUGUUAUGGAAUCAAUGCAAAUCGACUGAAAUGAGAUUAAAAAAAGCCCAUAUAGGGAGGAGGAUAAAGAAGAAAUGCGAGUAUUUCUCCCAAGUUAGUGUUUAUUUUGUUUGUACAUAUUGACUGUGUGUCUGUUUGUAUGUCUGAGAGAAAUGGCACGUAACGUGUCUGUCAGUUGCUCCAUGUAGUGAUACUACGUGACAGUAAUCUCUAUGGAAACGUGUGAGUAGUUAGCGAAAUAUUAUUAUUUAAAUUUUACAGUGUGGAACGUCGAGAUAUGUCAUGAUUGUACAACAUGAAUUUCUUUUGGAAGGUGAGAGCCUCGCGUGGUUAGAAAGUAUGUUGGUUUAGUUAUAGUUUCACCGCAAAUAUCAAAUCCUCAAUGACACAAUAUCACAAUAUAUCAUAAAAUAAUCACCUGUAUAGUUACGUCAUUAUUUACUUUCAUUGUUUUAUUUAGUCAAUGUUUUAUUUUAUUUUUUGAAUUACUCUUUAUGUUCACGACUGUACUUAGACUUUUUGUAUUAUUAAGUUAAUAAUUAUGAAUUAAAAUAAACUAAAUGACCACUCUAAGUGCCUAUCCUCAUUGUAAUAGAGGCUAGAUUCGCGUGAGUUUAGUAAGAUUUAGUUCAAUUCUUAGUAGAUGUGUUUAUGAUUGGACAAUGACAUGUGUAUUUAAGUUCUUGUAAUUAUUGUAAGUUUGUGAUAAUGUCGACAUUCCACUAAUCAAUAUCUUUAUGUUUGUAAUGUGCAAUAAUAUUAUCAAACAACUAAUAUACAUUUUAUACAACUGUG